UAAGCCAUGUACCUUUCCGUGACAGUCGUGUCUGUCAAUUGUGCUUUUCUUCUUCGAUAUUGUCGACGAGAGAAUGUUGAAUUCAUUGAAUUUAACAAACAUAUAAUUUUGCCGUCUCUCACAUCACCUUAAAUCUUUCUCCUUCGACGUAGUGUUUGGUAUCUUUUCAAAAAAAAAAAAAAGUGUUUUAAUUCCAACCAGUGUGUGUCUGUUUAAAGUCUUUCACUUCACAUAAGUGCGAACUACUGAGUUUUCUAAGCGUUCUGUCCGACUAAAUGGUCGAAUAAUUUUUUCACGAGCCUGUAACAAGUUGAAUCUUCGUUGUAAAUUUACAAUACACACAGUGCAAAUGGCGAUUAUUGCUGUGACGAAUUGUCUGGGUCCCCCGCCUUUGCCGCCUGGAAAGCGAUUUCUCCAAAAGUCCUCGAAGAAAUCGUCCACGUAUAUGAGUUUUCGCGAUCCCGCCGUGGAAGCCUGGCUUCCUCGCGAAUGUAACAAGAGCCCGAUAAGAGAAUUGCGCCCGCAAGAAACGACUGUUGACGCGCAGGCUAUUAAACAGAGUCUUUUUAGAAGUUGCUCCGAAGGCAAUUUGUAUUCACGCAUAACAACGCUGCCGAGCACGCCUUUGAGCAAGUGCAUCAAGACGAUUUAUGGCAGUUGGAAAAAUCUCUUACAGCUUGGCGGUAUGAGCCGGCCAUCCAAAGCCGUGACCCAAGCAAAGAAAGUAGCACCGCCGGCUGUACCGGACGUGUUUCGACACUCUGGUUCUUCUUUUGGCUCAGCUGGAUAUGCUAGCAGCGAGGAUAGCUGUUUCCUCUCUGGAAGUGGACCUGGAGGUACGACGGAUGAUGGUUCCUAUGGGAUACCAUCUGGAAAAAGUCCGGGACCUAUUUUUACCCAUCCUGGCUUUGCCUUUCCACCCGUUGUCGGCAAGUACGCCCAUGCCGAGGAUCAAGGUAUUGACAUGACUCAAAGUCCAGGCAGAGAUAGUCCUGGUAGUUCGGGAUCAGGUUCCGGUUCCAGACAUUCUACAGCAUCGCUAGAUUCCGGAAGAGCAUCUGGAUAUCACUUAGGUCCACGAGGACCUGGUGCUCUUGCUUCAUCUCCGAGAUGUUCUAUUAGUUCCCUCGGAAGUCAUCCUGAUCGACCAACAGAUCUUGACGUCGUUCACGCUUGGUUAACCGAGCUCCAAUUUGAAGAGUACUUUCCCUUGUUUGCUUCCGCGGGUUAUGACCUUGCUACUAUAACGCGCAUGACACCGGAAGACCUCACGGCUAUAGGUAUUAAAAAACCCAAUCACAGAAAACGAUUAAAGGCAGAAAUAGACAACUUAAAUAUAGGCGACGGAUUACCGGAACAUGUGCCCGGAUCACUGGAAGAAUGGCUGAGGCUUCUUAGGCUCGAGGAAUAUCUCGGUGCUCUUCAUCAACAGGGUAUGCGUUCUGUCGAGGAUGUAACGACUCUUACUUGGGAGGAUCUGGAAGACAUUGGUAUUGUACGCCUAGGACAUCAAAAGAAAUUAUUAUUGGCAAUUAAAAGAGUGAAGGAUAUUCGUGCUGGCAAGCGUAUACAACCGCUUGAUCUGGCACGUUUGCCGCCACAUCCUGGACAUACGCAGGAUGUCGUUAUUCAACGAGGUGGACCUGACUUGCCAUCACCCGACGAAGAUUGUUCCUCGCCUGUACUCAGAUCUUUCCAAAGAGAUACUUCUGGUGCUACUUGGAGAAGUAUGUACGCCGCACUUCCAGCUGAUUACAAUACAGUCGGUCGUUCUAGUUCUCGAGGAAAAUCAUUGGAGAGCUUAGAGGAUGCACCUCUUGGUUAUCCUCCGUCACCAGCUCCUACAUCACAUCCGCAACCUCUCGAUUGGCGUCCACGCAGUUUUGAAGAUGGUGAUCUUACACCUACGAAUGAUGCUUCUGCUGUAGAUGCUGGUGGCGGUACUCUUCCACGACCAAGACAUUGCCUCGUUCGUCCGCGGCCUGUAGCUAAGGUCACCGCGACACCCGGGCAAUACAAAUCCUUGCCAAGAGACUUCGAUAACAAGUAUCAAUUAACCUACGGACAUGAGAGUAGUCCACAUCUUCCGAAACGAUGUCCUCCAUCGCCACCGAGACGGCAGAGUUCCAGAGAUGCAACUAGUUCUUCCGUAGUAGGAAUAAACAGUUCAGCUGUCGGCGAAGUCGUGAUCGACUGUAGCGGGCCAGUGCCAACUGCUACGUGCGAUGAUCAUCACAUUCAUCAUCAUCAUCAUUUGCUUCAUCAUCCAUCGCCACCUCCGCCGGCGCCUACUCCGGCGCCUUCCACACCUUCGCAGCUUAAUCGACCGCCUUCUUCGAUGUCGCGCUCAUGGGGUAGCGUAAGUGUUAAUGUCAAUGAGGAACACGAGCUAAUCGCCUCUCUCGCUCUACAGCAUCGCAACGGAUCGGAUGCUAGCUUUAAGUCAAGUUCCAGUACAGAAUCAGACUCGCUGCCAUUUGCCAAUGAGAACGCUGGUACGAUAAAGCAAAGGGCUGGCCGAGCACAAGAAUAUAUACCGAGCGGACCGAACAGCGGCAAUAUCGGUCAAGUAAUUAAUCAUCAUUCCAGUGGUAGCGAACCUGCGGAUGUUUUGAACGAUAUUGGAAAUAUGCUUGCCAAUCUCACAGAUGAACUUGAUGCGAUGCUUGAAGAAGAGAAGCGUCAAGGCCUGAACUCAUAAUCGCCACUGCCUUUGUUUGCACUUUUUUAAUUGACUAGAAUUGCCAUAAGAAACAUACGCGCUCACUGACCAAGUGUCGGGGUAUACAAAAUAAAAAAAAGAUUUCCUUAUAGAUUUACAGUUUACACGAACAAGUAAUACAAGAUAGUAUAAGCAGGCGUGAAUAGCGAUGAGACUUGAAUAUCGAACUUGAAGAAUCCUAUAGACGGGAAUAUAUUUACCAACUAUAACCCAUCUUCGUUAUGAUUUUAUUUCGGGCAGAUAUCGCUAUUGGAUAUUGCAGACAUUCUGUUUUGUACAGGUUAAUGCUUAUUACCGUGUUUUCCAUUUUCUUGCAAUCACUUUGUUUUGAUUGGAAGAAUUAGGAAGUAUAUUCCACGAAGACGCAAACGUUUUACAGCAUCAUUUUCAAGUGUCUUCUACUUUUUUUCAAGUAUUUAUACGGUAUUAUAUGUUAACUUGUUAUCUUGUUGUCUUUUUUUCAAUGGACAAUAUUAGAAGUGAGUGAUAAUAAUGUACAAUCUCGUAUCACUCUAUUCUUCGUAAUAAAAUUAGUAGAUAUAAAAUAUUGACUUCACACAGGAAGGGAGGGGAUUUUUUUUUUUGUUAA